GGGGCGACAUAAAGAGCGCCGCGCUGAGCUCUGUGGUGUGCGCAGCUUUAUUUCCCAGCGUUCCUUUCUCCUUCUUCCUUUUCCCCGGUGCAGCGGCGAUGUCUAAGAGAGGACGUGGAGGGUCAUCUGGAGCCAAGUUCCGCAUCUCUCUGGGUCUCCCAGUGGGAGCGGUCAUCAACUGCGCUGACAACACAGGUGCCAAGAACCUGUACAUCAUCUCGGUCAAAGGUAUUAAAGGUCGCCUGAACAGGCUUCCGGCUGCAGGUGUGGGAGACAUGGUUAUGGCCACAGUGAAGAAGGGCAAGCCAGAGCUCAGGAAAAAGGUGCAUCCGGCGGUGGUGAUACGACAGCGCAAGUCGUACCGGCGAAAAGAUGGCGUGUUCUUAUACUUCGAAGACAAUGCCGGGGUCAUAGUCAACAACAAGGGCGAAAUGAAAGGCUCUGCCAUCACGGGCCCUGUGGCGAAGGAAUGUGCAGAUCUCUGGCCCAGGAUUGCUUCUAAUGCAGGCAGCAUCGCCUAGCUACCAUCGUGACCUUUUCAAUAAAAUCUUUAUAAAGUUCA